UGGUCAGUUAAGAGACAGAGUUUUUGCUCUGGUCCAGAUUCUGUCUGCUUGGUUGGAGCUGAGGUAUCGUGGAGUACAAGGUGUCUUCUCAGCUAACAGCCAUGGCUUUUGUACUAAUUUUGCGGGUUUCCUGGACCUGUUUGCUGUUUACCAAUGGUAUUGGUGUAUCAGAUGCCACAGGGGGUGAAUAUAGGCUCCAAGCUGCCUCCAGAAACCUGGUUAACCAUGUGGACGACUUCCCCAACUCCCUCUCCUUCGAUGAGGGUACGGAAGAAGUUUCAAAACGUAAGCCGUCCAGCCACUUCUACACGAGCUUCAGCAAACCUUCAGUGACACAGCCACAGAACUUAGCUGUUACUGGACAAAGCCCUCCCAACAAGCUUGGUGCUCCCAAAGAAAAAGCUGUUGCUGGUGAGUCAAUGAAAUGGGAGUCGAAGCAUAACGAGCCAAUUUCAUUUCCCUCACGCCAAGACAACAAGGUCAGUUUGGUUCCAGCUGCUAUCCAGUAUCAGUUGACUCCACUGGAUGCUUUUACAAACAGAAAACCGGUUUCUCAUGAUUUUGCUGGGACAAUUGAUCCACGUAAAAAGGUCCCAAGCAAAGUUUUUACAUCUCUCUCUAUGGUGCCACCUCAUUCUCAGUCCUGGCCGGCUGAGAGCCAAACUCGUGGCAAAGUGGGUGUGUCAACUCCAAGUUUCCCAAAGGUUGGUCUUGGCUCCAGUUCAAGCAGAGGUGGCUCCAAUAAAACUCCAAUGCUUCAAGAAGGAGCUUUUCAUUACGACUCUGGAAAUGCUGGGGUUUCACCUGACCGUAAUCUAAAACAGGAACGUCCUCUCCUGUACCCCUCUGCACACGCUAAACUUCAAGAUGAUGACUCUGUUGGUGCUAAAGAUUAUGGCCAGUCUGACAACUUUGCAAUGUGGGCUCUGCCUUCAUAUUGGAAACCUUCAACUGUUUCUGUCCCACUGUGGAAACCUUCAUUUCAAAGCACAUUGGCCAAAGAUCGGAUGAUGGGUUCUCCCUUUUCUGGUGCUGGUAGACUGAGCCGCUGGCCGCAAAACUUGGUGACCAGCAACCAGAAAAUUAAGGUUCUUGAGAGGGUCAGCCAGCCAGCUCUUCAAAGUUUGCCCAAGAAACGCAUCGUCCACACCAAAAACGGGCACAGGAGAGCAAGGGUUCUCCUCACCAAGACUGCCUAUACUCCAGAAUAUGAAGCGUCAGAGAUGAUGGAUGCCAUGGAAAGGCCAGCACAAGACUCUUGGGGCAAACAUUAAAGGUUCUGACAAACCAGUACAUGCAAAGAAAUAAAACUUUUUUUUUAAAUAUCA